AUGGCAGUCUUCUCGCUGUCCACACUUCUUCAGAAUGUUCCGCCGGGGACGAGGAUUUUGUCAGCAGCGCUCCUAGCACUCUCCACAUUGCUCUUCCUCUUGCGUCUUCGCACCGGACUCGGAUUCAGCACGCUCAGUGCUGUACAGUUCCCAUGGCUCGUCAUCGUCCCUGGUGCCAGCUUCUGGUAUCCAUGGACUCUCAUCACGGCAAGCUUUUGCGAAUCAUCCAUCCUCGAAUUCCUCGUCUCGAUCGUAUCCUUACCUCUAGCAGCGAGGUAUCUCGAGCGACAGUGGGGCGCCGUCGAGCUCAUCAAAUUCUCAGUUGUCGUGCUUGUAGGCAGCAACAUUAUUGCAUGGGGUCUCCAGCUUCUCCUCUUCGCCGUUUUCCGCAAAGAGGUGCUCAUUUGGGGUAUUCAGUUCCACGGACUACAAGCCCUGCAGACUGCCUUCCUAGUCGCAUUCACUCAGCUCAUUCCCGAGCACCAGGUCCAAGUGCUCAGCGGCGCUUUUAAGCUUCGCAUCAAGGACCUGCCCAUGCUUUACGUUACCGUUAGCAACGUCAUGUGCAUCAUUGGCUAUACUUCGCCCUGGAUCCUGAUCCAAUUCGGAUGGCUCAUUUCGUGGGCCUAUCUACGUUUCUUCCAGGUCAACGAAUCCGGCUACAGGGGGGAUCGAAGCGACGCGUUUGCCUUCGUCAACUGGUUCCCACCCUUUGCUCACAAGCCGGUUCAGUUCAUCUCGACAACACUUUUUGACCUUUUCGUCAAGAUCAAGGUUGUGCAACCCUGGAAUGGUGGAGACUACGGUGAUCUGGAAUCUGCAUCUAUCAACGGCCAGGCUCCGCCACAGGGCAGCGCACGCGCAGAGGCGGAACGUAGACGGGCUAUGGCGCUCAAAGCACUCGAUCAGCGUUUGUCCGCCAACAAAGGUUCCAGCUCUCGAUCUAGCAACUUGCAGCGCAGCGAUUCAGUCAAGUCGACAGCAUCCACUUCCAUUGCCAAGGACACAUCCGUGGCCGAAGGAAGUUCGUCUGCAUCCGCCUCGACGUCGGCGACGUCGGCGCCGUCAAUGCCGAUCCCAACUGUCGUGUUCGAAGCUCCUCCAGAGGACCUGCCGUCAGAUAAAGCAUCCAAGUAG